AUGGAAAUAAACCAAGUGGCCCUCAGGGAAGGACUGGAAUCAGAAGAAAGUGAUGCUCGGCAUUCAGCACAUGGCAGCACAGGGAGUAGGAGGUCCAGGACCGGUUCCAGAAGGAUGAACCUGAUACAGGAAUCUGUGUUACGACAAGAGGUCACAACACAAAGAAGUCAAGAUACUCUAAACAAUAUGACAGCCAUGAUGCAAUGGCAGGUCAACAGGCAAUUCAGGAAGGAUCGAGAGGCUGCCAUGGCCAGAAUUCCCAAUCCCGAUGAGGUGGUCCAGCAACUAGACCUUCCCUAUGGUCCCCCACCAGGGUUGGCGUGGCCAUAUCAAGAGAAUCCUCUUGUUGCACAGAUAGUUGGGAUCCCGGAACGGGGAGGAAUCCAGGCUGGACACAGGGAAGUGGCUUUUCCUAUCCAAGAACGUCUGGCCCCAAUACGGCCAGAAGGUCCUGCGCCAGGACAAGUUCCACAGAAUCAGCAAGAGCCUCAGCCUGCUCCGCAACAAGCGGUCCCACAAGAUCACCCUAUGGAAAUUCUGCCUGAACAGCCAGCAGUGGUACCCUACAGGCCCAGAAGGAUGGACCCCAAUCCAUUCCCUCCACCUGCAAGAGGAAGGAGAGGAAGAGGGGGAAAUUACCCUUAUGUUAAUAACGACAGGAACAGGCAGGGGCCAAACUGGAGGAACCACCCAGGCCCGGAGGAACCGGAGGAGCACAGGGAAGAGGUUCUGCCUAGACCAUAUAGGGCAGAACCACGUUUCGAUCAUGCCCAGCCAGAACAGGGACAAAACCUUCCCCCCGUUAAUGCUCUAAAUGACGUGGGGGCAUUACAGAGGAUGAUCAGGGAAAUGAUGGAGCCUGAGGCCAGGAGGGGGGAAAGGCCCACCUAUAGGAAGCCAUAUCCACCUUACAUUGACCAGAUACCCUUGUCCCCAGGCUUUAAAGUACCAAACUUCACUUUAUUCAACGGAGAGGAUCCCCAUGCUUCAUCAGUUGAGCACGUAGGCAGAUUUUCUACCCAAUGCAUAGCCAUAGAGAAUAACCCAUUGCUAAAGCUAAGGCUUUUUGGGAAUUCUCUCUCUGGACAAGCUUUCACUUGGUACACUACUCUGCCAGCAAAUUCCAUUCAGACAUGGGAGCAAAUGGAGAGCGUCUUCCAUGACUACUAUUACAGGAUUCAGCCAGAAGUCACCAUCAGUGACCUUGCAGCUCUCAAACAGAGUGAAGAUGAACCUGCCCAAGACUUUAUAAACAGGUUCAGGAAGCUCAAAAUGAAGUGCCGAAUCCCCAUCGAAGAAAGACACUUCAAUCAAAUGGCUCAGGCUGCCCUCAAAAUCUCUCUGAGGAAAAGAUUUGAUGGGAUGCUGUUUGGAGAUCUGGCAGAACUGGCAGAUAAAGCGGCCAAGUACGAGGAAUUGCUCAGAGAGGAACAGCAGAAGAGAAACUCUUCCAAAGGCACGUAUUAUAAAUCCCCUUCUUCCUCAAUACAUAUGAUUGAGGUAGAGUCAGAAGAAGAUGCGGAGGAAUCAAAGGAGAGAGAAGUUGCAGUUGCGGAAAUGGCAAAAUUAAAGCAUCCCAUCAGUUGUAAAACUCUUACAAAACCUCCAAGGGAUCAGAAGCCGCCACCAUUCACAGGAGGGUUUGUUCCAAAUAAACCCAUGCAGAACAAAGUGUAUUCCUUCGAUCUAACCAAAGUAGAUGCCUUGUUCGAUGAAAUGUUGCUACAGAAAGCAAUAGAGACACCUCACAGAAUGCCCAAGCCAGAAGAACUCAAGGGCAGACUUGGAAUCAUUCUACCAAUAGUUGUGUUGUUUUCAGAGAUGUCAUACAGGAAGGAAUAA